AUGCGUUUCACUGCUGCCACCAUUGCCUUCUUCGCCGGCCUUGCCGUUGCCGCUCCCGGCGCCGCUGACCAGACCGUCUACGAGACUGACGAGGUCACCAUCACCUCCUGCGCUCCCACCGUGACCGACUGCCCCGGCCGCACCAGCGCCGAGGCCACCGCCACCCCCUCCAGCGUCGGAGCUGUCACCAGCAGCCCCGCUGGCCCCGGUGCCGGUGCCUCCGAGACCCCCGCCUGGUCCGAGACUCCUGCUGCCUCUGAGACCCCUGCCUGGUCUUCCGAGACCCCUGCCUGGUCCUCCGUCCCCACCUGGGCUCCUUCCAGCUCCGUUGGCGGCUGGGCUCCUAGCUCCAGCGCCCCUGCUCCCGCUCCCCCUGCGGUCACCUCCGCUUCUUACACCGUGACUGCUAUCACCACUUGCGUGCCCACCGUCAUCUACUCGACUGUGCCCGUUGGCCCCGCUCCCUCCGGUGUCUCCCCCACUGGCUCCGCUGGCGGUAACGGUGGUGUUCCCCACGUCCCCUCCGGCAGCAAGCCCGCUGCCUCCGGCACUGCCUCUGCUUCCCCCGCUGCUUCCUCCCCUGCCUUCAACGGUGCUGGUGCUCUCUCCGGCUCCGUCGGCCUUGCCGGUGUUGCCGCUGCCGCUGCCUUCUUCCUGGCAUAA